UGAGGUUUCCACAAAGUCCCACAACUUCCACGGCUCCUCGGCCAGACCGUUCUUGCUUUCCCAGCUCACCCGUCAAUGGCGUCCGUCUCCAAGCUCCCUCCUCCGUCUCCCCUCUGCAUCGUCCUCGCCGUCGUCCUCGCCGCCUCCACCGCCCUCUCCGCCCACCUCGGAGCCCUCCGAGCCGGCGGUGGAAGCGGCGGCGGAAGCGGCGACGUGCACGACCUCCUCCCUCAGUACGGGUUCCCCAGGGGGAUCCUGCCCGACAACGUCGCGUCCUACUCCCUCUCCGACGACGGCGCCUUCGAGGUCCGCCUCCGCGGCCCCUGCUACGUGCAGUUCGACCAGCUCGUCUACUACGACCGGAAGAUCUCCGGGAGGCUGAGCUACGGGUCGGUGUCCGGCGUGUCCGGGAUCCAGGCCAAGAAGCUCUUCGUCUGGCUCCCGGUGACGGGGAUCAAGUCGGACUCGGGCUCGGGCAUGAUCGAGUUCUACGUCGGGGCGCUGUCGGAGAAGCUGCCGGCCGCGCAGUUCGAAGCUGUCCCCGCUUGCAAGAGCAACGCUUGCGAUGGAAACCCAGAGGCAGCUUCCGUGUGAGGUAGUGGGAAUUAAGAACUGGCGAGACUGGAGUAAUCCACCAUCAGUUCGAUGCUUCGGUGUCUCGCCAUAUCAAUACAGACACUCUUGUAUAUAGUUUUCAGUUGACACUGGAUGAACUUUGUUAUUGUUUCACGGUGGAACUACCUCCUAACCACUCGUGUGUGUAGAUCUGUUCCAUGAAUUACCGUAUCCUAUAAUAAAUCGUGGACGCUGUAAUUUCUUUUA